AUGAAUCUAUUUAAGUCAAAGAAAAAAGAAGAACCCAAAAAGAAAGUCACUGUCACCAUUGUAUUUUAAUAAUCCUAUCUUAGGAACAAUUAACCAUGUUAUUUAUGAAAUCUAGAGAAUACAUUAAUCUUGACAAAUAAAAAAAAAUUAAUGAAGCUAUAUAACAAGAAAAUAAAUUGUUAAGUAUGCUCAAGGCUCCUUAGAGAAAUAGAAAGGAUGAAGAAGUUCAAAUUAUAAAAAUUGUCAAUAUAAUUAAUACUAUAGAAGCUUAUGAUAAGGCAAUUAUGUAUAUAAAUUAAUUUAUUCUUUUAAGUUAAAUCGCCAAUAUUGAUCAAUUUAAGAGUUAAAUUGUAGCAAGUUAAGGUGACCCCAAUAGAGUAUUAUAAUUCAUGCCGUAAAAUGUAUUUUACUACCAUUAGUUAUAUUGCCAGUGUUUGUUAUUAUAUUGAAAAUACAAAUGAUUUAAGAGGUGCUGUUGAUCUCAAAUCAUAAUUAAAUUUAUACUAUGGAUGUGAUAUAGCCAAUACCUAUGAAAGAUCAGUUGAUCCUAGUGCUAAACUAUUAUUUGGUAUUUUAAAUCUCUAAUCUCCUUCUGUUUAAAAAUAUGCAUAAGACUUUAGCAAAAAAUAUUAGGUACUUGAUGUUCCAGGAAUAAACUAUUAACCAUAAUAAUAAUAAUAAACUUGGAUUCCUAAUUAAUAUCCUCCAUCUUAAUAAGGAGGAUACCCACAAUAAGGUGGAUAAGGAGGGUAUCCACAAUAAGGUGGAUAAGGAGGAUAUCCAUAAUUUGGAGGAUAUCCAUAAUUUGGAGGGUAUCAAUAAUAAGGAGGUUAUCCAUAAUAAAAUGGAUUCCCUUAAUAAGGAGGUUACCCAUAAUAAUAAAGUGGAUUUCCAUAAUAAGGAGGUUAUUCAUAAUAAUAAAGUGGAUUUCCAUAAUAAGGAGGAUAGUCACAAUAAAGUGGAUUUCCAUAAUAAGGAGGGUAUUCAUAAUAAUAAAGUGGAUUCCCAUAAUAAGGAGGGUAUCCAUAAAAUAAUGGAUUUUAAUAAGCACAAUAACAAAAUCCUUAGCAAUAAUAAGGUAAUUUUUAAUAAUCGUAUCAUAAUUAAUCGUAAACCUAAACAUCAUAAAAUACUAUUAUUCCUAAUACCUAAUAAAACUCUAAUCCAUAUGGAUAAAUAUAGUAAUUUAACUAACAUAAUAUUUAUUCUAAUAAUCCAGCUGCUUUUUAGCCUUAAAUAUCUUAACCUUAAAUUGGAAUAAAUCCAAAGUAAGACUCAAAUUAUAAUUACCCUUAGCCAUAAUUAUAACCAUCAAUAUAUAAUACUUAAAAAACACAAAAUAAUAAUAAUGUUCCUUAAUAACAAUAAUUUUAAUCAUAAUAAGAACAGGUAGAUCCAUUUGCAAUUUUAAAUCAAUCAAAUAAUAUAAAGAUGGUAGAAUUACCUCCACUACCUUCAUAAACAAUUGUUUAACCAAAUAAUCCUUUGGAUCAAAGUAAAAUGGGAAAUGGACUUGUUAGUGAAUAGUCUCCAUCAAAAUUAUAAAAUCAAUAAAAUUAAAGUAUUUAAUAAUUCUUAUUAAAAUAGAUGAAACUGGUAAUUUUGGAUCUAAAAAUCCUUUAGGGAAUAGCUAAAUUUCAAAAGAAAGUAUAUUAAUAUAAUAAAAAAUAGGUAAUUUGACAGAUCCUUUGAGUGAUUUGAAUUAGAAUAUAUUUGAAACAACCACGAUUGGGUAAGAUAUGAUUCAAAGUCAACCUAUUGAAAUAAAUGAGGGAUCCUGUUAUGUUAAAGUGGAAAUGAAUCAUGAUUUGAGAUCUUUAGAAAUUUUACAUAAAUUCAGAACUGGCUUUCCAUAAUCUAUAAUUUAAUCAUUGGAAUAAUUGGAGAAGGUUGGUUUAAGUAUAUGAG